UUUAUCCCAAACAUAUAAGUAAUAUUAUAAAUUAAUUUAAACUUAAAAAUCUUUUAAUAAGUUAAACUAUAGAUUGGUUAAAUGGAAUAAGAUAACUAACAAAAUAAUCAACAAUAAAAUGAAAAUGGAAUAAACCAUUGCUUAUAAGACACAAUUUCGUAAUUUCGCGAGACUUUGAAAUACAGUAAGGACUAGUUGAAUAAGUUGAAAAUGGAGCAAAAGGAUUUAGAAAACUUCAAUAAAAUUUUUGGUGAACUCGAAAAUUAAUCGAAGCGUUUGGAUGAAUAACUAAAACUCCUUCACAAAAUUCUCCAAGAUAUUGAAAAAAAUAAUAAAUAUAUUCCUGAACCAGAGUUCGAUUAAUAUGGCUAUGAUAUGAUUAUUAAAAUGAAAUCAGUUUUUGAUUUGCAAAAUAAUACAAAUAACAAUUUAGAAAUCAAACAUAAAUAAUCUAAAGAAGAAAGGUAAAUCUAGAAAGGAUUAUAAAUAAAAUAUAGCAAUGAUAAACAUAAAUAAUUCAACAAAGAAUAAACAAUAGUUGGUAUGCAAGGUUAAAGGAAUAAAGGUAAAACUUUUAUUUUAAAUUCUUUAACAAAUGAUGAAUUUCCUUCAGAUUACAAUGUGAGUACUCCUGGAAUAUGUUUGAAGUUUCAUGAUUAUGAGCAUAAACAUGUGAUUUAUAUAGACUCAGAAGGUCUGAGUUGUCCUAUUGAAAUUGAUUAUGAUAAUAAUGAAAACUACAAAAAACUUAAAGAAAAAUUAGAUUACAAUGGAGUAUUAGAUUAAGAAAUCUAUAAAUAAUUGCAAAAUGAUAUUACUAAUAAGCACCUUGACCAAAAAGUUACAGAAUAGUUAUAACAAGAUUUCAUUAUAUAAUCAUCUCAUAUUCUUUUGAUAGUAGUUUCUAAUCUUACUCAGGAUGACUAAAAGUUAAUUCAUACUAUUUCAUAAUUAUUAGCUGGAGAAGGGAAAAAAAAAGAAGUUUAUAUUGUUCAUAACUUAAAAGAGACUCACACAGUAAAUAAUAUAUAAAAUUACAUUGAAAAACUUUAAUUACUUUAUCCUCUUCGUGAAUAGCGGAUUAAUACUUAUGAGGCUGAGAAUUAAAAUAACACAGUGUAUAUUGAUUGUAUAAACUAGGAUUUUAAUCAUUUAAUAAUGGCUUACUCUAACAGCUAAGCUGGAAGCUAUUAUAAUUAAUUUACUUUGCAUUAUUUAUAGUAAAGAAUUGCUAUGUGCUAAGAUGUAACAAAUUUUAAUACUGUUAAUAAGCUAUAAGACUAUUUUAAUCAAAAUCUAUAAAACUUUGUUUUUUUGAAAAAAGCAAACGGCUAAGAAUUAUUAGAAAAAGAAAAAUCUUUCUUAGAAUAUGACGAAAAUAAUUAAGCAAUAGUCCUUUAGAAGUAGUAUUCAAUAGAAAAAGUUAAGGAGCUUUCUGUCAAUGUAUUUGGAUUUUUACAAAAAGAUUGCCUUUAUUCAAUUUAUAAUGUCAAUGACAGUCGUAUACUUAUCGUAGAAAUCCCAGGUUCAUUAAAAAAUAUUAAGUUCAAUUUUAGAAAGUUAAUAGGUAUAUUUAAGAUUAGUAUAUACCCAGAUGAAUAAUUCGAAAAACAAUAUGGAAUUCCAUAUGCUUCUACAAGAAAAAUUGAAGAAAAAAUAUGGAAUAUACGUAUUUGUAAUGAAGGAGAACUAUGGAUUUUCUAGAAAGAAUAAACAGUAGAUUUAAAAAAUGGCUUACAUAAAUUUAUAUUCAUUAAAGAUGAGGAUGAAUAGGAAUUCUGA